CGAGGGGUAUUUAUUCCGCUGUUAUAUGUAUCAGAAGUGCACUGAAAUCCUGCGAUUCAUCACCUGAAAGAGCCACAGUGAGCAUCCACAGGCCCCAGCGAAGCAUAACAAACAGCAACAGGGUCGAAAUCCAUGAAUCCGCGGGAUUGCGUUGGUUGAUUGCCAAACGAACCGUCGUCCAUCGAUGAGGUCAACGGGCGGAUCGGCGUAUGCCUCAGGUGUGCACGCCUUGCGCACGUGCCACUCAGCCUAUUGCAGAAGCUGUCAGCUUGUCAUCUCGACAACAAACGAACUCAAUCGUACAGAGUGCAUAUCGAGCGAAGCUUGUCAGGAUGGAUUUAGUCGCGAGUGUGCGCAAGGAAGGCAGCCGCGGCGGCCGCGCCGACUUCAAGUGGUCCGACGUCCAACAAUCCACGCAUCGCGAAAACUACCUAGGCCACUCGGUCAUGGCCCCGGUCGGCCGAUGGCAACAAGGAAAAGAUCUACAAUGGUACGCCCGAGCCGACGAGACCGACGAGGACAGAGCCAAACGGGAGCGCGAAGAGAUCCAACGCGUCAAGGAAGCAGAAGAGGAGGCCAUGGCACGCGCAUUGGGUCUUCCCGUACCGCCGAAAAGCGACGAAAAUGCGAACAUGGUACCGCUUGGCGGGAAGGAGGCUCAGGAAGCUAUUCAGGAUACACCGGAAGCUGUUGAACGAGAAAAGAACAGUCGCGAAGACCACCGGAGACGAAGGACGGAGCGCAGUCGGAGUCCGGGGAGGGAGCGAAGGCGGGAUCGUACUGGUGAUAGGGACAGGGAACGGGAGCGAUCGUGAUCGCCAUCAUCGCAGUCAUCGACGCAGAUCGAGGUCGAGGUCUAAGUCGCGGGAGAGGGAAUAUCGGAGACGCUCUCGGUCGAGGAGUCGGGACAGGCGGCGACACGAUCAUGACUACGAGCACAGGCGACACCGACACGAGGAUCGUGGUCACUACUCUGAACGACGAGAGAGGGAUCCAGACCGUCGUCGGCGUUGAGCGUCAGUUAUGGCCGGGUGUCGCUCAACCCCAGAGCCAGUCAUUGUCUUUGCUGUUUGGGAUAAUAUUGCGAUGAUUCAGAU